AUGGGAGACUUGAAUUUAAGGUUUUAUGGUAUCAGUGUAAGUGGGCAAAAAAAGAAAAGUACUAUUAUACAGGGGAAUGUGACCUUUUCCUGCUCAGAACCACAAAUUAUUCCCAUCACCUUUGUCAGCUCCAGUAGAAGCUACUUGUUACUGCCUGGAACUCCUCAAAUUGACGGGUUGUCAGUCAGUUUUCAGUUUCGAACGUGGAAUAAAGAUGGCUUACUCCUGUCCACCGAAUUGUCUGAAAAUUCAGGAUCUCUUUUGGUUUAUCUCCAUGGAGGGAGACUGACACUUCUUAUUCAGAAAAUGGCAGAAGACCCAGUGGAAAUCAGUGAAGGCACCAAUCUCCAUGAUGGGCUUUGGCAUUUACUUAACAUCAAUGCUAGAAGACAUCGCAUUACCCUGACAUUGGAUAACAAUGCUGCCACUGCUAACCAUGCAACCACUGUCUCAAGAAUCUACUCAGGGAACAGCUACUAUUUUGGAGGCUCUCUGUCCUUCCAGGUUUUCACAGGGAACAGCAAUGCUGACAGCGUGGUUCACCACAAACUCCUGUACUCCAUGAAAGCUCGCUUCUUGCGCUUCAUCCCUCUGAAGUGGAAUGUUGGUGGUCACAUAGGGCUGAGAGUGGAGGUCUUCGGUUGCUCUUAUAAGUCAGAUAUUGCAGACUUCGAUGGCAGAAGUUCCCUCCUCUACAGGUUCAAUCAGAAGCUUAUGAGCACGUUCAAAGAUGUGGUUUCCUUAAAGUUCAAGAGCAUGCAGGAGGAUGGAGUCUUAUUCCACGGAGAAGGACAACGUGGAGAUUAUAUUACCCUGGAACUGCAGAAGGGGAAGCUCUCCUUGCACAUCAACCUGGGGGACUCCAACCUGCACUUCACUAACAGCCACACAUCUAUCACCCUGGGCAGCCUCCUGGAUGACCAACACUGGCACUCAGUUCUCAUAGAGCGCUUCAACAAGCAGGUGAACUUCACAGUGGACAAGCAUACUCAGCAUUUUCGAACGAAGGGGGACUCGGAUCACUUAGAUAUUGAUUACGAGCUCAGUUUUGGAGGCAUUCCUGUCCCAGGGAAACCAGGAACCUUUCAGAGGAAAAACUUCCAUGGCUGCAUUGAGAACCUUUAUUACAAUGGAGUCAAUAUAAUUGACCUGGCAAAAAGGCGCAAACCUCAGAUCUAUACUGUGGUAAGAGACAGUGUUGUUUACUUUCCUUCUUACUUUCCCGCUGUUGGUGCUGCUGGCUGUAUUGAAUGAAUGGAGUUCAGAUUU